ACACAUCAACACGUCGAUCCAAGAAGAAAUCACGAGAGACAACAGAGAGAGCUAGUCUCUGUGUGCUCGUGUUACCCUCACUCACGACGGGAACUAUGGCGAUUGGCAAGAAGCACAAGGAGGCUGCUGCACUGUCGUCAUCAUCAUCGCCUCUUCUCCCUGCAGAUCGGAAGGCUUUGCUCUUGCUGCUGCUGCUGCUCAUCGUCUUGCUAGCUCGCCCUGCUGCAUCCUCCGAUGGAGUGCGCUAUGAUUACAGAGCUUACACUGAGUGCAAAUCGCAUCCUGAACCUGCACUGUACAACGGUGGCAUCCUGCGCUGGGCGAACAAAGUGACGGACUUCAGAACAGAGGACGAUGGCAACUAUUCGCCGGCAUUUGUGCUGUAUAAUAUGUCCGCGGCAACAGUAUACAGCUUCUCCUGCUGGGUGAAAAUCGAUGGGCCAACAACUGCUCAUGUGAAAGCCAAGAUAUUGACGCUAGCAAACGCUGCAUCUCAAUGCCUUGGCACGGCUCUGGUGCGAAACGACUGUUGGUCCUUCCUCAAGGGUGGUUUCACCCUCAACUCCGCUUCAGAAACCUCCGUCCUCUAUUUCCAGUUUGCAAUUUAUUCACUGCAGACUGCAAGCCCAAAUGCUUCAACGAUCUCGAUCAGAAGUGCCUCUUUGCAACCAUUUUCACCUGAACAAUGGAAUCAGCACAGGGAGGACCGUAUUCAGCUGAACCGGAAGCGCUUUGUCAAUGUCCACGUGGCGGACAGCAACGGGAGUCGCGUGGUUGGUGCCAAGGUCGCGGUGCAUCAGAUCACCAGGGAUUUCCCAUUCGGCUCUGCCAUCAGCAGGACAAUCCUUGGGAACAAACUUUAUCAGGAAUGGUUCAACAAGAGGUUCAAUGCGGCGGUGUUCGAGAACGAGCUCAAGUGGUAUGCAACGGAGCCAUACCCGGGGAAGGAGGACUAUACGGUGGCGGACCAGCUGUUGCAGUUUGUGCAGGCCAACGACGCAGUGGCGCGCGGGCAUAAUAUCUUCUGGGAGGACCCAAAGUACACGCCAGCAUGGGUGAAGAAUCUGACGGGGUCACAGCUACGUGCUGCCGUCUCUGGCCGCAUCGAGAGCCUCCUCUCUCGGUACAAGGGCGACUUUGUGCAUUGGGACGUCAGCAACGAGAUGCUGCACUUCGACUUCUAUGAGAACCGCCUUGGCGGCAACGCCACCGUCGACUUCUUCGACACAGCCAAGCGCGCCGACCCGCUAGCCACGCUCUUCCUCAACGACUUCAACGUCGUCGAGGUCUGCGAUGACCUCAGCUCCAGUGCCGACUCCUACGUCUCCCGCCUCCGCCAACUCGCCGAUGGCGGCGUCACCUUCGAAGGCAUCGGCCUUGAGGGACACUUCGGCAAGCCCAACAUCCCCUACGUCCGCGCCGUGCUCGAUAAGCUCGGCACCCUGCGUCUCCCCAUUUGGCUUACCGAGAUCGACAUCAGUAGCUCCUUCGACCCCAAAACGCAGGCUGCAUACUUGGAAGAGGUGCUCCGAGAAGGGUUUGCCCAUCCAUCCGUGGAUGGCAUAAUGCUGUGGACGGCAAUGGACACCAAUGCUAGCUGCUACCAGAUGUGCCUGACCAACCAGAACUUCACCAACCUUCCUGCGGGAGAUGUGGUGGACAAGCUGCUGGGGGAGUGGCAAACCAAGGAGACCCUGGGAACCACCAAUGACCGCGGCUCCUUCAACUUUUCUGCCUUCUUGGGAGAAUACAAGCUCUCGGUCACCUAUCUCAACCUCACUGCCGAGGGAACCUUCUCGCUGGCCCAUAGCGACGACACCAAGCAUAUCAACAUCCGUCUAUCACCAUCAUGUUGAAAUUGAAUUGAUUCUUGUGUUAUAUAGAAGGAUGUGAUGAUGAAAACUUGGUAGUGUACCUUAAUUAGAGGGAGACUCCAUACGUUUGUGUUGAUACAAUGGAUUCAUAAUGUGUGUUCGUACAAGGCAUAUAUAUGUUGUAUCUAUAUCAGGAUUGAGGAUUUCUAUCA